UCCUUUGCCUUUUUAUAUGCUUCGCAGAUGACAGACUGAAAACUCUAUAUACAGAUCCUGUGACAACAGUUAAGAAAUUUAAACUUGUUUUAAUAUUUCCCGAUGGGGCAACAAAAAGUCCUAAAUACCCUCGUCUUCUCCGUCGCUGUUCUCUUCUUCUCUUUCUCCUCCGCCACUUCUUCUUCCCAAUACAACACACUCGUCGUCAACACUCUCCCUUCUUCCCCAAUCCUCUCAUUUCCCGAAUCCGAAUCCUUGAUCAGUGAUUCCGACUCCACAACUUCACUUUCCGUCCACUUAUCACACGUCGAUGCUCUCUCCUCCUCCUCCGACGCAUCUCCGGCGGAGCUCUUCAACCUCCGUCUCCAGCGAGAUUCCCUCCGAGUCGAAUCUCUAACCAGCCUCGCCGCCGUUUCCGCCGGCCGGAAUGUCACGAAAAGACCUCCACGCUCCGCCGGUGGAUUUAGCGGCGUUGUUAUCUCCGGUCUCUCACAAGGAAGCGGAGAGUAUUUCAUGAGGUUAGGCGUUGGAACUCCGGCGACUAACAUGUACAUGGUCCUCGACACAGGAAGCGACGUCGUUUGGCUCCAGUGCUCUCCUUGCAAAGUUUGUUACAACCAAUCCGACCCGGUUUUUAACCCGGCUAAAUCUAAAACUUUUGCCACCGUCCCAUGUGGAUCUCGUCUUUGCCGGAGAUUAGACGACUCGUCGGAAUGUGUCAGCCGACGAAGCAAGGCUUGUCUCUAUCAAGUAUCAUACGGUGAUGGAUCGUUCACCGUCGGAGAUUUCUCCACCGAAACGCUGACGUUUCACGGAGCGCGUGUGGAUCAUGUGGCGUUAGGAUGCGGCCACGAUAACGAAGGCUUGUUCGUUGGUGCGGCUGGGCUGUUGGGCCUGGGCCGUGGAGGAUUAUCGUUUCCGUCGCAGACGAAAAACCGGUAUAACGGGAAAUUCUCUUACUGUUUGGUUGACCGGACGAGUUCCGGUUCAUCUUCUAAACCGCCGUCAACUAUUGUAUUCGGAAACGGCGCCGUUCCGAAAACCGCCGUUUUCACGCCGUUGCUAACGAACCCGAAGCUAGACACGUUUUAUUACUUGCAGCUUUUAGGAAUCAGCGUUGGCGGUUCGCGCGUUCCCGGCGUUUCGGAAUCGCAAUUCAAGCUUGACGCCACCGGAAACGGCGGGGUUAUCAUCGAUUCCGGUACAUCGGUUACCCGGCUGACGCAAUCUGCUUACGUGGCGCUUAGAGACGCGUUUCGUCUCGGAGCGACAAGGCUGAAACGUGCUCCGUCGUAUUCUCUGUUCGAUACGUGUUUCGAUCUUUCGGGGAUGACGACGGUGAAGGUUCCGACGGUGGUGUUUCAUUUCACCGGCGGAGAGGUUUCGCUUCCGGCGAGUAAUUAUCUGAUUCCGGUCAACAAUCAAGGACGGUUCUGUUUUGCGUUCGCCGGAACAAUGGGGAGUUUGUCGAUAAUCGGGAACAUUCAGCAACAAGGUUUCCGGGUCGCUUAUGACUUAGUCGGGUCACGGGUCGGGUUUUUGUCUCGCGCGUGUUAGAUUUUGAGUUUGAGUUGACUAAUCUUUUUCCCAAACUCUCUAUGGGAGAAAAUAAAAAAGCAAUUUAUCAUAUUAUUGUCAUCAAUUUAUCAUACUACUCAUUAGUCAUUAUUAAUGAAGAUCCCGAGAUGGAUAUCUCCUCCUAUACGGUGGUUUAGAGUUUAAAAUCUGUACUUCUCUACGCCCUCUCCAGAGAGAAGUAAAUCCUAAUUGUAUUGUUUUCUUUGAAACUUUCCAAAAUAAUAAUGAAAUUAUUGGUAACGCACUA